AUGGUUAGAAACAUUGACCCGUUGCUCUGUCACAAGUAUGCCCAGUUUGCAGCCCAUUUGGACAGAUGGCACUUCAAGGUGAUAUACUGGACCAUGUUUAUAUCCAACCUCCUUGUGCUUUUUUUCGGAUCGUGGGUCUAUACAAGCGGACUCAAGGCUAUCGAUAGACUGGAAGCAAACGCGCACAAGAAAACAAAAGCCUUGCGGACAUAUAUCCUUCUUAGUACGGCUUGCGUCGUGGUGUCCACCGUCAUUGUCGUAAUGGAGGCGUAUAUCCUCCUUGCGUUACAAUUUUGCGACGGCGAAGACCUCAUGUCGCUGUACUGGUCGACAUGGACAAUGACCCAGGUCGGAUCCCUCAUUGCCAUCAUUGGAAUCGUUCUGGCCCUGUUGCAUUCUUUGCGAAACCGAAAGCAUCCGCCAUGGGCGCUUGCUUUGGGCACCCCCGUCCUUGUCAUUGCAGGCAUCCUCCACCUCGUGCACGACUGCAGCAAGAAGAGAGUCAAGAAGCUGCGCAGGCCGUCAGAAGCUGCUGGAGACGAUGGAAAAGGGCCGCCAAUGAGCCAAGCAAACACGAUCCAAAACUCCCGAGACGACGAUGAGUGCAGCGAAAUACAAGCAGAGCUGAUUGGCUUUACCAUCGACGGCGGACCCAUUGUUAAGUUCACGCAUCCCGUGUCGGAAAUGACUCGGGGACAGCUGCUGGGUCGCGAUUACAACGGGUUUUCCACAUUUAGUUUUCCUCGCGGCGUCGUUCGAUUUGAUGCCGAGGCGGGGAAAUGA